GCAGCACCUACGACAACUGGAGCACCUACUACGACAACUGCAGCACCUGCUCCUACAACAGCUACAACUGCAGCAACUACUACAACUGAAGCCCCGACAACAACCACACCUUCCACGACAGCUACAACUGACGGUCCGACAACAACCACACCUACAACGACAGCUACAACUGAAGCUCCUACGACCACUACAACGACAACUGCAGUUCCUACGACAACUGCAGCUACUACAACAACUGCAGCACCUACGACAACUGCAGCUCCUGAGACAACUAGUUCUGCAGCUCCUACGACAACUCUACAACUGACGGUCCGACAACAACCACACCUACAACGACAGCUACAACUGAACUCCUACGACAACCUCAACUGCAACACCUUCUACAACUGCAGCUCCUACAACCACUAUGACUGCAGCAACUACUACGACAACCACAACUCUCCUACGACAACCUCAACUGCAACACCUUCUACAACUGCAGCUCCUACAACCACUAUGACUGCAGCAACUACUACGACAACCACAACUGCACCUACUGCUACAACCACAACUGCAGAUCCUACUACAACUACAACAACUUUAGCUCCUACAACAGCUACAACUGCAGCAACUACUACAACUGAAGCCCCGACAACAACCACACCUUCCACGACAGCUACAACUGACGGUCCGACAACAACCACAUCUACAACGACAGCUACAACUGAAGCUCCUACGACCACUACAACGACAACUGCAGUUCCUACGACAACUGCAGCUACUACAACAACUGCAGCACCUACGACAACUGCAGCUCCUGCGACAACUGGAGCACCUACUACGACAACUGCAGCACCUACUACGACCACUGCAGCGCCUACUACGACAACUGUAGCUCCCACAACAACUAUUUCUGCAGCUCCUACGACAACUGCAGCUCCUGCGACAACUGCAGUUCCUACGACAACUGCAGCUACUACGACAACUGCAGCACCUACGACAACUGCAGCUACUACGACAACUGCAGCACCUACUACGACCACUGCAGCGCCUACUACGACAACUGUAGCUCCCACAACAACUAGUUCUGCAGCUCCUACGACAACUGCAGCUCCUGCGACAACUGCAGUUCCUACGACAACUGCAGCUACUACGACAACUAAAGCACCUACGACAACUGCAGCUCCUGCGACAACUGGAGCACCUACUACGACAACUGCAGCACCUACUACGACCACUGCAGCGCCUACUACGACAACUGUAGCUCCCACAACAACUAGUUCUGCAGCUCCUACGACAACUGCAGCGCCUACUACGACAACUGUAGCUCCCACAACAACUAUUUCUGCAGCUCCUACGACAACUGCAGCUCCUACGACAACUGCAGUUCCUACGACAACUGCAGCUCCUGCGACAACUAGUUCUGCAGCUCCUACGACAACUGCAGCUCCUGCGACAACUGCAGUUCCUACGACAACUGCAGCUACUAUGACAACUGCAGCACCUACGACAACUGCAGCUCCUGCGACAACUGGAGCACCUACUACGACAACUGCAGCACCUACUACGACCACUGCAGCGCCUACUACGACAACUGUAGCUCCCACAACAACUAGUUCUGCAGCUCCUACGACAACUACAGCUCCUGCGACAACUGCAGUUCCUACAACAACUGCAGCACCUACUACGACAACUGCAGCACCUACGACAACUGCAGCACCUACGACAACUCCCACAACAACUACUUCUGCAGCUCCUACGACAACCUCAACUGCAACACCUUCUACAACUGCAGCUCCUACAACCACUAUGACUGCACUCCUCUCCUACGACAACCUCAACUGCAACACCUUCUACAACUGCAGCUCCUACAACCUCUAUGACUGCAGCAACUACCACGACAACCACAACUGCACCUACUGCUACAACCACAACUGCAGAUCCUACUACAACAUUAGUUGUAGUUUCAACUCCUACGACAACCUCAACUGCAACACCUUCUACAACUGCAGCUCCUACAACCACUAUGACUGCAGCAACUACUACGACAACAACAACUGCACCUACUGCUACAACCACAACUGCAGAUCCUACUACAACAUUAGUUGUAGUUUCAACUCCUACGACAACCUCAACUGCAACACAUUCUACAACUGCAGCUCCUACAACCACUAUGACUGCAGCAACUACUACGACAACCACAACUGCACCUACUGCUACAACCACAACGGCGGAUCCUACUACAACAUUAGUUGUAGUUUCAAGCACUGCAGCAGCUGA